AUGGACCGUAUCAACAAUCAUACUGGUGGGAUCUCAGGGUUGGGCUUUUAUGAGAUACCAAGCUUUUCCGAUGGCCUACCCAGAGCGCAAGAUGACCAGGGUGAGAGUACGGCGGACAAUUGGAAUCAUACAUAUUUGCCAGCCAGCAACUGGCCACCAAGUCCGUUCAUUCCGAGUACUGUCAGACCUAAAGCGUUGAACCUCAGCGCAUCAUUCGCCUCAACCAUCUCUAUUGCUACCACGGAAUCUAGUCAAAUCUCGACAUAUUCGUCGAAGUCCACUGCGGUUGCAAGUAGUCCAGAAUAUACUCCAAGUCCUUCCCCUACGAAGGGCCAAUCAGUGGUGGACCAAGCCCGUCAGACGCGUGCUCGACAGAUGCUUCCAAAUUCGAGGCCUACUCGAAAUAGUAAUGCGGCAAUUCUCGGACAGUCGAAUGAUAGAAUAGAUCCGGAAAACCACCUCGAACCUCAACUGGUAACAAACAGGCCAGCAAAGCAUCGACGCGGGAGAGCCGGAACCCCGAUUAUCAGUGCAGUUGCAAAUACUCGCAGUCGAACACCAAUCAAGGGUCCAGUUGUAGCUACAACACCCAAGAACGAUGUGCUUAAGGGUGUACCACCGUCCACAAUCGGUGACGCAAAACUCCGUGGUCGGUCCGAACAGAAUGAAUUUUUAGUCCGGUCAAGGCGGGCAGGCAUGUCAUACAAGACGAUUCGUUCCAGCGGAAAAUUUACAGCUGCGGAAUCCACGCUCAGAGGUCGCUUUCGCACCCUAACUAAAGACAAGAAAGAUCGAGUUAGGAAACCAGAAUGGACAGAAAAUGAUUUACGACUAUUGAGCAAAGCGGUAAAGGAAAUUGGGCGUGGCAUGAGUGACGGCUCGGAGCCACAAGGAGAGUGGAAGAAAGUCGCUGAGUACAUCGCUGAUAACGGGGGAUCGUAUCGUUUUGGUAAUGCCACCUGUCGAAAACGGUGGGUUGCACUAAAAAAUGCUGACGAAGGGACGUGA